UUCCUGUUUUUUCUUGCCUCUGUUGGUGACAGUAAAUCAAGAGGAAAGAAUUAGUUGAAGAGUUGAUCCACAAUUGCAGCAGUGGCUCAAUGGUUUUCAGCAUUGACAGUAUGUUGCUUUUGUUCAGUGAAGCUGCCUGCAUUCUGUGGUGCUGCAUCUGGACUGUAUUCUGAGCAUUGCAAUGUCGAAGAAGGCCUUGCUGAAGUUAAAGAUGACCAGCCAUUUUUCUUCUGAAAUGUUCCAGAUUACAUCCUGCCCACUGUCACAGCAGGGAAGAACAUCAUGACACUUCGAAAAAGAUUUGUUAAGUUAAAGUGAGAGAGCCUAAAUGGGCUAUCUAUAAUUAUCUGAAGAUUUAUGAUCCAUGUACAAGCAAUAUUAUCCACCAGUUGGAAUAAUGUGGAAAUGCUGAAGGAUCCACAAUGCCAAUAACUGCAGAAAGUGCUAAGCUCUAUCUCCCUCUCCUAGAACGCUGGCUCCAUGUUAAGUUGAGGGAAGAAGAGCAACCUCCAGGAUUUCAGCUAUGCCAGUCAGCCAUACAGAUGCUUUGUGAAUAUAUACACUUAAAUUUUGGAGUGGGAGGAAGUGCUGUGCAACCUGACCAAAAGGAAAGAGAAAAUUUUGAAAUUUGUACAGCUCACUUGACCCGAACAAAGGGAGAUGAAGGUAACUUUGGAAUACGUUUUGGGAACAUCCCAAUCUAUUGGGAUUCUCCAGGGAAUCAAGAAUGUGGGAUGUCAAGACAGAACAAAAAUAGCAAAGGCCCUGUGUUGGAUGUUGGAUAUAUCUGGGUGACAGAAGUCAAGAAGCAUAGUCCUGCUGCAAAGUGUGAGAAGAUAAAAAUUCGAGAUGAAGUGUUGUUGUUGAAUGGACAAUUGAUGGUUGGUGUAGAUGUUGCAGGUGCCAGUUACCUGGCUGACCAAUGCUGGAAUGGCGGAUACAUUUACCUGAUCAUGCUGCGUCGGAUUAAACGCAAAGCUCCUCUACCUCCUUCCAAUGGCAGCAACAGUGAACUCAGGACAAGCAGUAGCAGCUCGGAGGCAAGUGGAAGUCCCACACAGAACGGCAAACGGACUCGAAAAUUUGGUGUCAUCUCUCGUUCUUCCCUCAACCGAGAUAGCCAGGACAGUCGGGAGAGUCAUAGCUCUGAACAAGAGAAUGGAUAUCAUGUCUCCAUGGAGGCAGAAUGUUCAAAAGCUGAAGGGGUUGACACUCAUUGUGACCCCAAAGACUCUGAUGCAACUGUUGACCAGAAUACAGAAGAGCAAAUUGCUAAUGGAAUCUCUGCUCUAUCGACAACGCAUCAACGACCUCUACUCUCAGAAACUGGGAAGACAGACUCGAGACAGAGUGAAUACUCUACUCAGAGGGAAGGUUGCCAAAUAUGGAAGAUGCAUAUGGUGAAAGGUUCAGAUGGACUUGGUAUUCAGAUUACAGGAGGUCGGGGAUCCAAACGUUCACCUCAUGGCAUCAUUGUUACAUGUGUUGAAGAAGGAGGAGCAGCACAAAGGGAUGGGAGACUGAAAUCUGGUGAUGAACUGCUAAUGAUUAAUGGACAGUCACUGGUUGGACUCUCUCACCAAGAGGCAGUUGCACUACUUCGAUCAGCAGCAGGACUUGUACAGCUGAUUGUUGCAAGCAGGGAUGAAUCUGAAAUCCAUUUCCAGAAGUUCCCCUCUACAAGUUUACCUGAUUUGGUGACUAACUUUGUGGUUGCUGAUAACUCCCCUUCUCCUACAGAAAAUAAAGAGAAUGUAAAACCAGAGAGUGAAGAUGCAGCUGCUGACUGCCAAGUGCAUCACCAUCCUGAAAGUGCUUCAGAAACUGAGAAAGGCGAUUACCAUGAGCGUGUAGAAAUGCCUCAGUUCAGUUGUCGAAGUCCAACACCAGGCGGCAGUGUAACAAAAUUCAGGAGCAGAUCUCAAGGCGGAGGGAGCCGCUUAGAAUCUGUGGGUGAAGAUGAUGAGCUGAUAGUGGAAAAUGGUGAGGCAAGUUGUGACAUGUUAGAAAAGCCAGCGCGAGGAGGCCGCAAACAUUCCCUUCCUCAGCAGCUUGAUGCGAUCAGUAUUCGACAGGAUUAUCAAAUCGUUAAAAAGUCAGCACGUUCUUUAAGCACAGUUCAAGUGGAAUCACCAUGGCGGCUAGCUCAGCCGUCAAUCAUCUCUAACAUUGUCCUCAUGAAAGGGCAAGGAAAGGGUCUAGGUUUCAGUAUAGUUGGUGGCCAGGAUUCUGCUCGAGGCCGGAUGGGAAUAUUUGUUAAAACUAUUUUUCCAAAUGGUGCAGCUGCUGCUGAUGGAAGACUGAAAGAAGGAGAUGAAAUUCUAGAAGUUAAUGGGGAAUCUCUGCAAGGACUAACCCAUCAGCAGGCCAUUCAGACCUUCAAGCAAUUGAAGAAAGGAGUUGUGACUCUAACCGUUCGUACCAGAUUGCGCAGUCCUAGCCUUACUCCUUGUCCCACACCAACCUUAAUGAGCCGGUCCAGCUCUCCCAAUUCCAGUGGUGGAACUCCAAUCCCAGCGUCAGAAGAAGGUGACUGCUGCCGCAAAGGACCAGGGCCAAAAGAUCGUAUCAUAAUGGAGGUGACAUUAAAAAAAGAGCCUGGAGUUGGUUUGGGGAUUGGGGCCUGUUGUCUUACAUUAGAAAAAAGCACACCAGGAAUCUACAUCCAUAGCCUUUGCCCAGGAUCAGUUGCCAAACUGGAUGGCAGAUUGAGCCGAGGUGAUCAAAUUUUGGAGGUGGACUCAGUGAGCCUGCGGCAUGCAGCUCUGAGUGAAGCAUAUGCAAUUCUAAGUGAAUGUGGUCCAGGCCCUAUCAGCCUUAUUAUUAGCCGUCAUCCAAACCCAAAGGUCUCAGAACAGGAAAUGGAUGAGGUGAUAUCACGUACUACACACCGGGAGAACAUAAACAAAGAUGGACAACUAUCACAUGCCACAGGGUUAUCAUCAAAGAGUCCAUCACCUAGUGUGAAAUCCAAGCAGGGUGAUGGAUCUUCUCUCAGUUGGACAAUGAAACGUUUUCUGGAACCCACAAGUCGGCAAGGGUCACUGAGUUCAGAAACGGAACUCUCCCAGUACUUUUCCCACCAUGUUCCCAGCCAGUCGUCACUCUCAGACACAAUGUUAACAGCUUCCAGUGAGGAAGAACACCUGCGGCAGAAGAGCACAAGUAACUCUUUAGAUGACAGUGUUGUUUCUCCUCUGAAUUCAGUGCCCAAGGAAACUGGAGUGCCGAAGCCAGAGGUGUCCUCCAUGUCCCUCAGCAAUGGGAAAUCUGUUGUACCUAAGAACAAACACAUGGAAUUGGCUCGACAGGUCAGUCCAAGUGAGAGCCCCAAAUCCAUUCGCAGCCCUCUUCUACGGCAGAGAAGGGUCAUUUGCUAUGAUGACAUCAGUGAUGAUGAAGACUUUGUGAAGGUUGAGGAUAGCGCUCGACUCAAAAUGCUUCAAAUCACACAGAAGAUGCCCGAGGAAGACUCAGGAAUUAUUAUAGCCACAUCUUCUGUUGAAGUGGAUGAUUUAAGCCAAGAUGGUGAGUUGUUGAGAAAUGUCAGCAGCAAUGGUGCCCUACCUCAGUACGGCAGCUCAUUAGAGUCUGAGGACAGUUCAAUGGAGCAAAUGGUUGACUCUCCCUUCAUGCCACUUAAAUUCUUUGAAUCAUCCAGUUCCACUGACACUAAUCAUAGCAACCUUGUGAUCAAGGAGUCUCAGGUGGAGUCCAAGCGAUCACCCAAACUUGAACACAAAGCUGUCACUCGAGUGAAGAGCAUGAUGAGCAUUGAAUGCCCACCAAACCUCUUGAAGCAGAAGAAUGAGGAGCAUCAUUCCCCUCCCACCAAACCCACUGCAAGGCCACUGCCUCAUAGCAAAAAGACUGAGAUGGGAGACACCUCAGUAAUGUGCUGCACAGAAACAAUACAUCUCACACGGGAAAAAUCAGAAUCAUUUGGAUUGGAUUUGGAAAUCAAGGUUUCUCCUUUAAGAGUUCUGAUAAGAGGCUUACAACCAAGUGGAGCAGCUGAGAGAGAAUCUAAAGGAAAGCUUGGUCCCGGAGAUGAAAUUGUCUUGAUUAAUAACACACCUGUCUUCAGCAUGUCUUACCAAGAAACCUGUAACUUUGUGUACAACCUCCCACCUUCCAUCACACUCGAAGUACGCAAACCAAUAUCAGCUGUGGACAGAUUAUCAAGGCUCACCUCAUCAUCUUCCACAGAUUUGAAUUUGGUAGAACCUGAUACUGUAGAACUUGAUCAAAAUUUGGUUGCCAACAAAAACAGUGCACAAAUGAUGGAGGACUUCCUGCAGAACAGAACAACAAACUUGAAAGUGCAGCCUCUGGAAAAACAUACUGUGGACAAUGUAGUGGAGAACAAAGUAGAUUCACAGGAUUGCAAUACCUUGCUACACGGUAACAAACCUGACAUCCCAGUUACAGAUAUUGAUGAUGUUAUAAAUCAGCUAGAUUUUGCUGAGGGUGACAUCCCAAAUAGUUUGUCUUUGAAUUCGGAAAGGAGCCAAGUUGAUGUUGCUGCUCAUACAGUAAAAGCUACCAACAACACAAAUUGUAUCAGUAAUAAAGGUGAUUCUUUAAUAGAUAUCAAACAGGAAGUUCUUGACUACUCUGUUCUGAAUUCAGUCAACACAGGAAAAGUAUUUUCAGUAAACAAAACAUGUCUGACUAACUAUUCCAGAAACUUAAGAACUGAGAAGAAGGACAAACCAUUGGGUUUAACAGCCAACAAGGAAAAUAGGAAACAACAAUCUAUGUAUGCUGCUGCAGUAGACUCUGAUUCAGAGACUGAAUCUUUGGAUAGCCCUCACUCAUCCUGUACUAAAGUGGGUUUACCUGGAGAUGUUGGUUUCACUCAAUGUGAAAGCCUCAGUAUUGCAGAUUCAGAUACGGAAGAGGUUGAAAUCUGCUUCCAGCCUAGUGAUCAAGCUCAAAUAUCACAGCAAUGUGUGCAACCUCCAACAAAUCUGAACCAAGAGGUUGUGCACGAGAGUGAUUUGCCAAUGACUAGGCUUGCUCCAGAAACAAGUAAGGAGACAAUUUCGGCAGAUAAAAAGACAAAUUCAAAUCUGCCUUCCUCAUCCUAUGAAAAUGAGCAUAGUUUAAGCUAUUCCUCACCACCUUCCAAUUUUGAUAUGACGGGGAUAGAGAUUGCCAAACAGAGUCCAAUGCUAAACUCUGUGAAUCAUAGACUUGCUGAACCAAUCAAAUCUGAAAGCACAAGUAUCCUUACAGCUUCUUUUUUAAAUGAUUCACAAAAUAAACAAGUGGGAUUUGAUCCUUCUUCCAAGCAGGAUCUACCAAUAAAUUCUUUGGAAGACACAGAUAUGACCUUACAUAAUCAAAAUGAUUCAGACAAAGGCCAAUGUAUCAAAGAAGUCACUAGAGAAUUUGAUGAAAAAUUGGAACAUCACAGUGAUUCUGCCUUUUCUGUAUCAAGACUUCAGUCAGAAUCAUGUUUGGAAUUGAAUAGGACAGACCAUGAUUUUUCUUCAUCGCUAGAUUCCUUGGAGCAUUCUGAAAAAGCAGAAAUUACAAAAGCAAAUCAUGAUUCCUUGUAUCCAGUGCCCAAGCCCAGGUUAUCCGCUACAAGUAAGCCAAAUCUGGGUACUCAGGAUGUUGCGUUAUCCAUGAUUCAGGUCAGAAAAGAAAGACUGACUUUGUCAGGUAGUGGCAAAGAUUCUAGUCCCCCGCCACAAAGACAAAAUCAGUUCAAACAAUCCUUUGGCGCACAAAUUGUGAAAUCGUCCAUGCCACCUAGAGGACAAAAUGAAAGUGGUACAGCAUCUCAAAUGUGUACUAGAUCGAAGUUUCAGGACAAAGCCCAGAAGUUUUAUUCAGCACCAAAAUUAAAGGGGCUCAGCAUUAAAAGUAAAAACAAACCACCAUCUGAAACCAAUGAGAAGAAUGCAACAAAAUCUGAAGGAUUCAAAAAAUCAGAAACAUUGCAGAAAUGUUCAGAAAAGUUACCAGUUUGUGAUCAUCAAUUAUCAAAACUCUUCACUAAAAGAGCAUCCUUAAUAUGCAAUAUAAAAGCAAAUAAACAUCCUGAGAAAAAUAAAUCUGAAACAAAGAAUGAGAAAGAAGUCUGUAAUGUUCCUGUACAUUCUUUGGGAGAACAGCUUUCAGUGCAUUUACCAGUAGAUACUGGACUCCAAACAGGAGAGAAAAAUAAGGGUGAGACAAAGACCUCCAAUAUCACAGGUAAAGUGGAUUUGUGCAAUGAACAGCAAAGACAAGCUUUGAAAGAAGAUCCUAAAAACCAAAAAGAGACAGGUCAACAAUUAAUACUGGAUCAUAAAUUAAAAGAGAAAGAACCCAAAGAAACUGUAUGGAUUAAAGAUCCUCAUAAACCAUCUGGAGAAUCAGAAAAAUAUAGAAGUGAAGAAAGCAUUUCCCAAGUAUCCAGUGAAACAUCGGCUAAACUACAUAUAAGAUCUCCAGUAGAAUUAUGUGAGAAUGUUAACAUGACCAACAAAAAUCGGGAUAAAUUGGCUCAUGAAGCACAGAGAGUAGAGCAGAAACCUUUACAAAAAGAACAGGUGGAGGAACGUUUACCACCUUCAGGAUAUAAAUCAUUGGAAGACUCUACUGUUCUCUCUUCAACUUCAUUGCAUGAGGAUGAUCGUGAAUGCAUAGCAACCCGACGGAGCUUUAUUGAAUUAAAACUAACAUCACCUCCAUUGGAAAGAAAAGAAAUUAAUAACAUGGCUACCCCUACAGAGCUUUUAGAGCACAAGUCAAAGAAAUCGUCUAUAGUUGAGGAUAAUGCCCAGAAACCAAAAAUAGCUCCAAAACCUCCUGUGGGCUUUGAACAGAAUCCAGAUCAAUUAAGUAGUGAUGACACACAAUUUGAUAAGAAUCCAUCUGAAUCCUAUCCCAUUAAAACUUCUCAAAGACAGAAACUGUUACCGGAGAGAAAGGUAAUAUCAUUUGACACAUCACAAUUGCACACCACUGUUAAAAGUAUAGAUAAUGUUCAACCAAAUGUUGAGGCAACAGGAACCUUAAAGAAAUCUUUGAGUGAAGAAAAGCACUCCAGCACUGAUUUUAUCUUCUAUCAAAGAGACAAGGACAAAUCAAAUAUUGGAAGUUUAACAAAUGAGCUGAAUUGUCCACCAGAAGGAGGCUCUUUUUCUGUCAGACAGAGAAUUAAGUCUUUUGAGAGCCUAGCGAGCUUUGACAAACCAGUAAUCAGGAAAAUAGACACACAUUUUCUAGACUCAUCCUUUGUUAUUUGCAAUACCAACUCCUCUACCAAGCCAGCAAUAGGAAGGCGAAUAUCAGGAAGUGCAAUACCUCUAACAACAUCAAACAUUUCAUCUAUUCGAAACCUUGAUGCAUCACGUGCAUUGAGACGUAGUUUGAGCUCCUACACUGAAGGAAGGUCUGAGGUUGCCUUUCCAUCAUCACAAAUAGAAAAGUCUCCAUCUGGUGUGGCUUUUCUCAACUUUGAACCAAAUUAUUCGAAGAACCAUACUGAGGAAGUUAAAAAGGAAUGUGAGUCCAGUAGCGAAAGGUCUCAGGAGCAAGGCUUAAAUUCAUGCAAAGUUAACAACAGUAAAAGUAGAUCGUCAGUCAACCAUCGACCAAAUGCUUUGUCUAGGUCCAAACUGCGGGAACUGAGAGCAUUAAGCAUGCCAGAUCUUGACAAAUUGUGCAGUGAUUAUUCUAGUGAUCCAAUGACCCAGAGUUUUAAAACUGAACUGGAAGUCAAGCCAAGAACAUCUAUUGGUCUUGCUGCUGAAAGCCUUACAAAUGUGUCUUCUGGAACUGCUUCUGCUACCAGUGGUUCAGGUUUAGUGAAAAUCUAUAGAUCUGGAAUUCCUAAUUUCAGAUCAAAGAAUUCCUGGAAAAGCAGCAAUGGAACACUAGAUUCGUGGUCUGAUGAUGAGCUGGCAAAUAAUAAGAAUUUGUCAGAGAGCAAAGGCAGAAGUUGGUCAGUCAGUCUUGAAGAUUUAUCCCAUUCCACCCAGGAGAAACAGAAAUUACAGGCUGUUUUGUCCUCAAUAAUGGCUAAAGCAGAUAUCGAAAAAGUAAUACAGGAAGCUGAAACAGUAGCUGAGAAUAAGGAAGACAUUAAUAUCGUUGUGUUGACCAAAGAUGAAGGUGCUGGACUGGGUUUUAGUGUCGCAGGAGGGGUGGACCAGGAACAUAAAUCUGUAACUAUUCACAGAGUAUUUUCAAGAGGGGUGGCAGCUCAAGAAGGCACCAUUCAGCGGGGAGACUACAUUCUAUCUAUCAACGGAAUGUCUGUAAUAGGCACUACACAUGUAGAUGUGCUGAAUGCACUUCACCGGGCCCGCUUACAUAAACAGGCCAUCAUUGUCAUUAAAAAAGGAAAGGAACAGGAAGAAAUUUCUUCCAAGCCAGAUUUACCAAUUCCUAAAGGAAACCAUCUCACAGAUGGAAGAGAUGCGACUACAGAAAUAAUAGGAACAGGCAUGAAUGUGGACCUUAGAGGGGCCAUCACCAUAGAGUUGCUGAAGACAUCUGCUGGCCUAGGAUUCAGCCUCGAUGGUGGGAAGGCUUCAAUCAAUGGAGACAGACCUCUGUAUAUUAAACGAAUAUUUCAAGGUGGUGCUUCUGAACAGUCUGGAAGGAUCAAUGUCGGGGAUGAACUGCUUGCAAUCAAUGGAAAAUUCCUGAAUGGCCUUAUGCACUAUGAUGCUUGGAACAUUAUCAAGUCUGUCCCUGAAGGACCUGUCCAGUUAGUGAUUCGAAAAAUUAAAACAGUUUAAUGAUUGAGGUUUGUUCGGUGGAUUGGAGCACAACCCAUAACAUAGCUAUGCCAAAGUGAAAUGAAAAUCCUCAAAUUCCAUCAAAAUGACCUCUGUCACUGUUUUUCUUGAAGAAAGAGAAUUGGUAAAAAUAAUAAGACAGAUUAUAGCAUAAUUGUGUAUCUUCCAGAAUCAAAGACCUUUCCAUUACAAUAAAUCUGUGACAAGAGAAAGGUUAAAGGGAAAACAAAAUUCAGAGACUUUUGUUGUAUUCCAGAGCCGAGAUUGGAGUUCAAAUAAUCCAACACUAAGGACUUACAUUUGUUAAAUUCACCAUCGAUGCUUGCACACAACCUUUACCACACUUAAAAAUCUCAAAUCAAGCUUCUCAGAAAGUCGUUGCCUGAAAUGAAGUAGGUACUUUCUCUGUAGAAAGAUAUCUAUAGAGAUAUUUAGAAUCCAAAGCUAAGGAGCCUCCAGUUGUACAGUUGUACUGCUGGAGUUUACCAUGUUUACUUCCAAGCAGUUUACUGACACAGCAAUGGGAGACUUUGAGCUAAUGCAGUUUUGCUUACUUGCACAAAUCAAAGGACAAUAGUCAUUAGUUGGAUUUUAAAUAUCAGCCAAGUUCAAGGCAGGAGGAACCAGAAACUACCAGCAAACAACAUUCCACCACCUUUUUGUCCAGAGCACUGUGACACCACUGGUUGGAAAUUUGAAACAUACAGGAGCUGCUUGUCCAUUGGCAACCAUUCAUCUUUGAUCACCAGAAGUAACAAAUCUUGGAGCAUGCAUUCUCAAACAGGAAAUGUUACGCCUUGUAACGCCAGUUAUUUCAAUUUAUGAGGUCUCUGCAUGUGAAGAAAGCAUCAUGCAUCAGCAAUAAUAGUGUGAAUCUAGCUUCAAACAAUGUAAGAGACCCCUUUAUUAAAACUAGUUGUUCAAUAUAUUUCAGAACAGUGGGGCAAUGUUCCUCUUUAGGAUCCCAGCAAAAGAACUAGGUAAGAUGGAAGCUUUUUUCUUGCAUAGUGCCAUGCCAGCUGUUCACAAUCUUCCAUCCAUUUAUUCCAAUAGGCAGUAUAUUGUAAGCAGUUUGCACCCAGUUAAUGUGAUUAGGGAAUUGACUCCACUGCCUCAGUGUCUACAGGAGCAAAGGCUGUUUUUCAUUAGCAAAUGAUCCUGAGCAAUGAGGUACUUUUGUCCUGUAGUUAUCAAAUUAAAGCUCAAGAGGCAGUGAUCUGUGGUGCUUCAAAAGCUGAAAGGGAGUUUAGACUGGCAUGACAUGACAGGACUACUUUUUCCCUGACUCCUUCAAACUGGCUAAUGACAGUGUGACAUCAGGACAUCUCUUGCUGUUAAAAUGGGUAGCUUCAGUUGGGAAAUGUCCCAGCCCUCAGGACCUACCUCAGUUAAGUAUAUACUAAAAAGACUUCACUCCAUGAAGAGCAGAAGUACAAAAUAGUUGGGCCUCCAGUCCUGAAAGCAGAGCAUAGGAGACUAUAGGAGUAUAUGAGUGCUGGAGCAUAUGGUCUUUCAUACUGUCCAUUGCCAACUCAAUUCUGAAUGGCCCGGUAUUCACCCUGGGCAGAUUACAUGAAACAUCUAGAGAAGAAAAUUUCUAACAAAAUAACACAGUUGUCAUUUCUACACAUCUCUCAUUCUAGAAAUCCAUUCAAAGCUUUUAAAUCUCAGAUGGUUUAAAAAAUAUUUUAUUCACACACCACAUCAAGGACAACAAAUCAUUUAAUGAUUUGGAGAUGCCAGUUUGGACUGGGGUGUACAAAGUUAAAAAUCACAACACCUGGUUAUAGUCAA